AUGAUCGCGAAAAAGGACGACGGCAAAGGGUUCCGCGUCACCCUCGUUCUCGGGUUGUUGUAUAUUACGAUAAGUCACGUGAGUAGUUUCGAAUCGGCGAAUAGUACCGCCUCGAUCACCGACGGCACGCGACAGAGUAUCGAGGGCCGAACGGGCGAGGAGAAUCUCCCGUCGACGAGGAGCGGACCGUUUACGCGUACCAAGGACAGCUAUCUAGAAGCGUUGAGGCACUCUCGUACCAGCACGGACCCGCGCGAGGGAAUCAUCGCGGUGGAUGCACCGAACAAUGCCGGAUCGUUCCAGCGAAGGAAGGAACAAGAGCAGCAGGGGCCGGUGUACGCUGCCAACGAACGAUCCGAGAUUUCUACCGCCUCCUCGCGAAUAUCCUACGCUCCUCAGGAUCGGGAUUCGUUUUCGACGGUUCCCAGCGAUUCGUACUCUCUGCCAAGUCGGCCGUCCGGGGACUUUGCCAGUGGUAAGAACACUUACGGACCACCGCCGCGAGGCUCUUACGGGGCACCUUACAACGAUUACUCUGCCUACGGAGACUACGCUUCCGCCGGUGGAUCCUAUCCGUCGUCGCAGCAAGCGUACGGACCGGCAACUGCGGGCUACGGCGUUCCUUACGGGCACGGAGUACCCCACGGGAUGCCAGAGCCGGUGCCUGUGCACCUAGGAUUUCCCUCCGUCGACUUUUCCUGGCCGUUCGCCCUCAAACUGAACGCUUUCACCUUGGCCAAGAUUCUCCUCAAGCUGGUCAUUUUCAAGAUGAUCGUGAAAUUUAUCGCCGUGAUCUGCCUGUUGCUCUUCAUUCCCAAGCUGGAGAUGAAGAAAAAGGGUAACAAAGGGGGCACGAACAACGACGACGAGGACGAGGACGAGGGACGCGGCACGAUCGACGGUAAAUUUCUUCCAACAGGCGAAUCGAGGGCGUGGGAACGACUGAAUCUGUUAACCGCGGUGGUGAACGACGCCCUGAAAGAACACGGACGCUCGAACUGCUCGACGCUCGAAUGUCGAGUCCGACGAGAUUUUGCACGCGAGCAGGCCUGGCCGGAUUACGAACAACUGCUGCAGAGCUACGUCGCGGAGGAAACGCGACGUUCCCGCGCAAAGUCUCAACUUUCUCCGGUCGAAUAAGAAUAAAUGGUAGUCUAGCAGUUGAUAGUUGUAGGAAAGUUUCUCGAAUAGUUCUGCGGCGGGAUCGACGGACCGUAAAGUUUGCUCGCGAU